GCUGCCCCCGGGAGUCAGUUGAGGCGGCGGGAGCUCGGCGGAGGGGCGGGCCCGGUGACUGGUCCCGGGCCAUGCCGAGGAAGAAGCCCUUCAGCGUGAAGCAGAAGAAGAAGCAGCUGCAGGACAAGCGCGAACGGAAGCGAGGACUUCAAGAUGGGCUGCGCUCCAGUUCCAACAGCCGCAGCGGGAGCCGGGAGCGGCGGGAGGAGCAGACUGACACCUCGGACGGGGAGUCUGUGACCCAUCACAUCCGCAGGCUUAAUCAGCAGCCUUCCCAGGGCCUGGGUCCGCGGGGCUACGACCCGAAUCGAUACCGGCUGCAUUUCGAGCGGGACAGCAGGGAGGAGGUGGAGAAGAGGAAGAGAGCAGCCCGGGAGCAGGUGCUGCAGCCGGUCAGCGCCGAGCUGCUGGAGCUGGACAUCCGGGAGGUCUACCAGCCCGGCUCAGUGCUGGACUUCCCCCGCCGCCCACCUUGGAGCUAUGAGAUGUCCAAGGAGCAACUGAUGAGCCAGGAGGAGCGGAGCUUCCAGGAGUACCUUGGGAAGAUCCACGGGGCGUUCACCUCAGAGAAACUCAGCUACUUUGAGCACAAUCUGGAGACUUGGAGACAGCUGUGGCGAGUGUUAGAGAUGUCGGACAUUGUCCUGCUUAUCACUGAUAUCCGACAUCCAGUUGUGAACUUCCCGCCAGCACUUUACGAGUAUGUGACUGGAGAGCUGGGACUCGCCUUGGUGCUGGUCCUGAACAAGGUGGAUCUGGCCCCGCCAGCCCUUGUGGUGGCCUGGAAGCACUACUUCCACCAGCACUACCCCCAGCUCCAUGUCGUCCUCUUCACCUCUUUCCCACGGGACCCCCGCACCCCGCAGGACUCCAGUAGUGUCUUGAAGAAGAAUCGGAGGCGGGGGAGAGGAUGGACUCGGGCUCUGGGGCCGGAGCAGCUGCUGAGAGCCUGUGAAGCCAUCACUGCUGGGAAAGUGGACUUGAGCAGUUGGCGGGAGAAGAUCGCCCGGGAUGUGGCCGGGGCCACCUGGGGCAAUGGCUCUGGGGAAGAGGAAGAAGAGGAGGAUGGGCCAGCAGUCCUGGUGGAGCAGCAGACUGACUCAGCGAUGGAGCCCACGGGCCCAACCCGGGAGCGCUACAAGGACGGGGUGGUGACCAUUGGCUGCGUGGGUUUCCCCAACGUGGGCAAGUCCUCGCUCAUCAACGGGCUGGUGGGGCGCAAGGUCGUGAGCGUCUCCAGGACCCCUGGGCACACGCGGUACUUCCAGACCUACUUCCUCACCCCGUCCGUGAAGCUCUGCGACUGCCCCGGCCUGAUCUUCCCCUCCCUUCUGCCCAGGCAGCUGCAGGUCCUGGCAGGGAUCUACCCCAUCGCCCAGAUCCAGGAGCCCUACACGGCUGUGGGCUACCUGGCCUCCCGCAUCCCCGUGCAGGCCCUGCUGCACCUGCGCCACCCGGAGGCCAACGACCCCUCAGCAGAACACCCCUGGUGUGCCUGGGACAUCUGCGAAGCCUGGGCAGAGAAACGCGGUUACAAGACAGCCAAGGCAGCCCGCAAUGAUGUGUACAGAGCGGCCAACAGCCUCCUGCGGCUGGCGGUGGACGGCCGCCUCAGCCUGUGUUUCCACCCGCCGGGCUACAGCGAACAGAAAGGCACCUGGGAGUCUCAUCCAGAGACCACGGAGCUGGUGGUUUUACAGGGCAGGGUGGGGCCAGCAGGUGACGAGGAGGAGGAGGAAGAGGAAGAGCUGAGCAGUUCCUGUGAGGAGGAGGGAGAGGAGGACCGGGAUGCGGAUGAGGAGGGAGAAGGGGAGGAGGACACCCCAGGCUCAGCCCCAGGGUCCAGCCUGGCCGCCCGAAACCCUUAUGCCCUGCUGGGUGAGGACGAGUGCUGAGUCCCCGCCCGUGGCCAUCUUCCCACCCACUGUCUCUGCUUUUGGACUGACCCAGGGGUAUCAUCCCUCCGCCGCCCCAGUUGUGAAUAAAGAUUGUCUGCUUUGUA